AAAAAACGACCUGAACGUGCACGUGGACAGAUUCUUAUAUUUGCUAGUUAAGUUUACUCUUGUGUCUAGACUUGCACUCGAGAUCGCAACAGAUGCCCGAACGUGUAAUCGAAUUCGACUGAUAACAUUCUCGCUCCGCGUCGGAUGCUUCGUCCCCCCGGGGAGGCGUUUCAUUCAAAAAAUUCCUCCAUAUUAAUACUGAGCCCUUCCUCGGAAGGAAAGCUUGGCAUUAAAUAGGCCCGUCGACAGUUUCGGAAUACUGACCGGGGAAGCAUUCCAUUCCAAACGUCAAGGUAGUUCUCUGGUAGGUUUCGACUUUUUUAUUUCAUUCCUUUAUGGUACACUAGAUAUAGGGAAGCUUGCUGAUUCAAGGUGCGUGAUCGUUCUCGACCUCGUGAAGAUGCCACUGGCGCAACAGCUGCGAAAGCCGCGCCGUCUAGCCUCGCGCUCUAGAUCGCAGCAUAUGCCUUGCGCGUGUAAUCGGAUUCGACUGAUAAGGGACAGGGAGGCGCUCGACAUAAGGCGUUUCGUCCCCUAGGGAAGGCGUUGCAUUCAUAAAAUUAUCGAAAUUAAUAUCGGGCCCUUUUUUGGCAGUGAAGUCUGGCAUUAAAUAGUCCCGUCGACAGUUUGGGAAUACUGACCUGGGCAACUCACCAUGACCAUAUAGAUUCGUUUACCUAGUAGACUGUUAGCAAUACGCACACGUAGAACAGAAACGUAGGGUAAAACACCUGUGGAACUACAUCCUAGCGACCUGUAGGCUUUCUUGUCAGACGAGAAACUUUCUGUUUUCUCUUCUACCUACAGUAUUUUCCAAGAUGGUGGAGCAUUCGUCUAUUCCCGUCGCAAAUGGUUCUUUAGCUGGUGGCGAUGUGCCUGCUGAGUCUGUGGACGUCUUGGUUUUAGGUUCCGGACCUUGUGGUCUUGGAGCUGCUACACGGUUGAACCAGCUGAAGCACAAUGAUUGGUUGCUCGUUGCUGAUUGCGCAGAGGCUGGGGGACUGGCGAUGACGGAUGUCACCCCAGAAGGCUUCCUCUUUGAUAUGGGAGGCCACGUCAUCUUCUCGCACUGGAACUACUUCGAUCAGCUUCUCGACACCGCAGUUGGCACAGGCCCAAAAAACUGGAAUACCCAUCAUUAUGCUCUAGUUGACACUUUCUCCCGCAUCGUUGGUGCAUGAUUUUUCAGAUCCCAAAAGUGCGACAGCAGGUACGCUCACAGAUACUUCAAGUCUGUGUGCAAGGCAACUUUAUAAUCAACCAAAUCAGAACUAUGAUCCGUCAUAUCUUUUUGACAGCGAGCUAGGUUCAACGGUGUAACUAUCUUGUAGAACUUUUUCGAACUUCGGGCCAGUGCUAGAUUGAAUAUUUUUUUUUCUUCCUUCUUCUUCUUCUUCUAAUCCAUGCGUGUUUCGUAUGUAUGGCUGAAGAAUCGGUGGAUUCCAUAUCCGAUGCAGAAUAACCUCUAUAUGCUGGAUAAUGCGGACAAAAUCGAAUGCAUCAAUGGCGUGCUAGAUGCACAGAAGGUAGGUUAGUGCUAGUGUGUAGGUACAUUGUACACUAUUUUUUCAAGGUGGAAUUUGCAACGAUGUAGCGAAUUUUUGUCUUCACCAAACUGUCUCCUCUUUCUUUGCCGCGGAUUUGUUUUUACCAAACUCCCGUCCUUUUCCUUAGGUAACUGCAGCACCAAAAAACUUUGAUGAGUGGAUUCUGAAAGUUAUGGGAGAUGGUCUGGCGAUGCUUUUCAUGCGGCCGUACAACUUCAAAGUUUGGGCUUAUCCGACCACAGAAAUGAGUUGCAAUUGGUUAGGAGAGCGGGUAGCCACAGUUGAUGCCAAGAAGGUAUUCUUAGGAAGGUUGACAGUCCAAAGGAUCUAUACUAGGCCAUCACGCCACCACAUUUUUCGGCUUCGGGAGAUCUACAACUAUUUCCAGGGACACAAAAAGAAAUUAGGUUUAUUCAUAGAAGGAGCACCACAUUCUCAAUCAACAACACAUUUCUGUAGGUGAUUGCAAACGUUAUUAAGAACGAAGCGGACGCUGGUUGGGGACCGAACGCGCUCUUCCGAUUUCCGACCGAAGGCGGGACUGGUGGCAUUUGGAAAAAAGUAGGAGCCCUUCUACCACCGGAAAAUCAGAGAUAUCGCCACAGAAUAACGAAGAUCGACACAGCACAGAAAUUAGCUCAUUGGUCGAAGCUAGCCGAUGAUGGAGUACUAUUCUUCACCCCACUGACUGGUUUACAGAAGAUGCAUAGUGCGACAAGUUUUGCGUUUGAGUUCCGUUCGUCAUACAUUGAAGUUGCACCUGCACGUUGUUACGAUUCUCCAAGAGUAAUUCUUUUCGAUUUUCAACGAAGACCAUAUUCAUCACGUUUAUGAUAGUCUUCUCCUUAAACUUCUUUGAUUAUCCAUUCAUUGAUAAGGUGACGCAGACGGGAGAGCAAGGUGUGAUAAGGUAUAACCGGAUUUUGAGUACGUUGCCUUUGGAUGAGACGGCGAAGUGGGCAGGCCUUUCGUACCCUGAGGGCAAACGACUGCACUACUCCGCAACACACGUAGUAGGAAUCGGUUUGCGCGGCAUCUCUCCACACGAGUUGAAGUGCUGGCUCUACUUCCCGGAAGAUGACUGCCCGUUUUAUCGAUGCACCGUCUUCUCGUUCUAUGCAAAAGCGAAUUGUCCAGACGAGAGCGUGAAGCUACGAACGCUGCAGCUCUGUGACGGUACACAAUAUUCGGAAGCAGAAAAGUCGCCUGAAGCUGGUCCCUACUGGUCACUCAUGUUCGAAGUAUCGGAGAGUGCGAAGCACAAGCCGGUUGACGUCACGAAAAUAGUCGCAGAGACAAUCCAGGGCGCGAUAAAUACUCAGCUAGUCCAGCCGAAAGACGAGAUUGUCUCUAUUUACCACAGAAGGUAUUUUGUUAUCAAUCUUGCUUACCGUCUCUGUCAAUGCCACCGGUUAUAAUAUACGACCAUAUUUUUAUUUAUACCUGGCAUGUGUACUCGUGCUCGACAUACCAGGUUUUUUUGAAGGCAACGUUCUAGAAAGCGAGCGUUUUUUCUCUGACGAGACAACAUCAGUCUCCUGACUCCUGCUAGUACUACCUGUUAUCAAUAACCGACGACUUCAAUUAAAACAUCAGGCUCGCAAAAGGCUACCCCACACCGCACGUCGAUCGAGAUGAGUGUAUUGCGAAGCUGCUGCCUGAAUUGAAGGAAAAAUCGAUAUGGAGUCGUGGCCGCUUUGGUGCAUGGAAGUACGAGCUGGGAAAUCAGGACCACACCUGCAUGCAGGGAGUCGAAGCCGUGGACAACAUGCUCUUCGGAGUAAAGGAAUUCACCCUCGAAUAUCCAGACAAGGCUAACGCGAAAAAGAACACAGAACUCGAGUACAGUAACACCCCCAUAGAGGUUGUCAAGAAAAAGAGCGGAUCUUUUUCGCCUACAAGACGGUCCGCAGCAUAGCACCUACUUCGGAGAAGCAGUAUAGUUGUGCUUCAAGAGCUUAGUCAUUGCCGUUCAUUAAAGCGACAUGAAGAAGCCUCGCAAUUUUUUGCACCUCUCGCAUGAUUGAGACGAGGAUCUACUUGUAUCUUUUGGGAAAUGAAACGGUGAGACACCAUCUCGCAUGAAGUCGAGAUGUUGCAUUAAUUUGCACGACGAAGCAUUGACCUCAAUCUCUAGCUACAGAGGUCCUGGCACAGGUUCGCUUACGCAGUAACUCGGAACGUGUCGUAUGAGGAACGCGUAUUGCUUGUGUUGUUGUGUGUAUGCUCGAUCGAUGAUCUUGUCGGAUCAUGACAGAGGCACACGCAUGACAGAUCGAUCUCCUGUAGGAAGCGGGUGAUCUGGCGUAUCGUUCGCGUUCAGGCGUUUCCUUGAGUUCUGCAGGUUUGAUUGGACCGUCCAAGAUAAUUUUUUUGCAUGCUUACGAAAUUUUCAGGAAACAAAAGAUGGAUCAAACUAUAAUUUUAAUAAUGCACUAGAUCAUCAAAUUCAACCUUCUUGAAUUUGAUGAUCUAGUGCAUCCACACUGCAGG